AUGUUGAAGCGAUCAGGAAUAUGGACUGCACUUACCUUUCCUCAUCUCCUUCCCCCUUCUUCUAUCAAUCACAGAGUGCAAUGCAGUGCUAGACGAAGAGCUUUAUUUGAUGACGAAGAAUACGAGCAGAAUGAAGAGAUAGGAUUGUUGGAAACGUACACUCAAUAUAUGAAAGAUGAAGUUCUUUUGGUGAAGGCUAUGGUGGAUGGAGAAGAAGCUGAAGUUCUGGUCUUCAAGGGAUUUUCUUCAUGCUUGAGUUAUAAAACAUCAGCAGAUACAUCAAGAAGUGUUAUUCCAGCAAGGGCAGUGAUCAAAACCAUAGACAGAAUAAAAGGGCCUUUCGAUCCUUCUAACAUCCAAUUCAUUGAGAAAGGAUUGACUUUGGAAGCCUUUAAGAGCCGUCUUCGUUCUGAUGGACAGUUUUAA